GAAGACAUUCAAAAACAAAUUGACCUGGCCAAGUCAAUGGGAAUGAACUCUAUACCUAUUGAUGUUAUAGAAUCCCGGAUUGCAGAACUGACAGGACCUGAUGCUUCUGAUGGAAAAAAAUCUGGCCGUGAGAAGUCAUCAGAAACAUGCAGUUUACAGUAA